CAAAGCUCAUUAUUUUGUGACGACUGGCGCUGCCUGGCUGUUGUUUCGGCGGCGACUGAAACUCAGAAACCAACAUAAACAAUGGCUGAAGAUCACGCAGACAUGGAUCAGAGCAUGGAAAGUCAAACAGCGAAAAUCGAGGAUACAGAGCGUGUUAACGCAGACAAGAUCUCUAAACAGAAGGUUGAUCUUCAGUCUCUCCCAACAAGGGCUUAUCUGGACCAGACGGUGGUUCCAGUCCUUCUACAGGGACUCUCUGUGCUAGCUAAAGAAAGGCCGCACAAUCCAAUUGAAUUUUUAGCCGCCCACCUGCUUCAGAACAAGUCUCAAUAUGAGGACCGCAUUUGACAUCUGAAGAAGCCACACUGGUGUAAAUGCUAUGCAUUUCAUUCUAGACCUGAAUUGUAAAAGAAAAUCUUGUUUGUUUUUAAUAUACAUGCUGUACCUGAUGGAGUGUACUUAUUCCUUUAUAUUAUGAUGUUUUUUGUGUGCCAUUUCUUUUUGUGACUAUUCCUUCCCCUGUACAUGGAGAAUAAACAUGCAUGAUUGAUCUCACAUUGUAA